GAGCUCCAGUCUGCAGCUAGACCCUUCUUGCUGGGGCGGAAAGAAGAAAAAACAUAUUUGAUCUUAUCCUUUGAAAAAGCCCAGCCGCUGACUGGGGGAAACGCGUUAGGAACCGGCAAACAGGUCCGACGCUCAGACUCCAAUUUGAUCCGCUCCACCCCAUUGACAGACAGGCAGUUAGCAAGGGCAUCCGGAAAGCCCUGCUACAGAAGCCGGUAUCUUGCAUCAACAUCCGGGGACGCUGACUCUUCCUAGGCAGCAGUGUGGAGCGGCUAUACAAGCGGAGGAAAGAGAGUUGAACUCUGAUUUGCCUUUUUAAUCUUACUUCUAGUAAGUGCAUUAAUUUAUGUGUGCUAAUGUUGCUAAUAAAAAUCUACACUUGAAUCCUUUGUGCGCUCUCUCUCUUUUUCUAUUUACAUGUAUCACUAUCCCUACGACUGAGGUUUGGAUUCACCCUGUCUGAUUGGAGCUGCACAGAACGGGACUCAAGUUUACACUCAUUUUAAAGGGACAUAUCUCAUUGCACUGGUUGUUUCACUUUCUGCAAAAGAAAGUAAUGAGAAUGGUCAUGGGAAACCAUUAGAGACACGGCCAGCGCACUGAGAGAUAUCAGGCAUUGAUGUAACUGGAGUGAAUAAGGGAAUCUUCUUCCUGAGCACAGACAUUGGAGCCUGUUGUCACCAUGAACUCAUAUGUGUUAGACAAACACGUGAAUAGUUCAUAUCCCUCCUUCACCACAGAAAGCAUCAGAAUGAUACCGCAAACUACAAAAAUCUUAGACACCAAUGACUGUUCACAAACAUUGGGGAUAUCACAAAAAAUAUUAAAAGAUGAUGGUGAAUUGGCAGGAACUGGAGAGCAAUUAUUAUGUACAGAGAGUAUUUUAGUCAUCAAACAAGAGGACAACAUUUAUGACUUAUCUAGUGAAAUUAUUAUCCCUGAGGAUAAACCACCCACAUUUACUGAGUUUUCAAAACAUAUUAAAGAAGGGAAAAGUCUACAAUCUAGCCAAAUGAUUUGUACAAAGGAGAAACCAUUCAAAUGUACAGAAUGUGAGAAAAUCUUUAGAUGGAAGUCUCAUCUACUAGAACACCACAAAAUUCACACAGGUGUGAAACCACACACAUGUACUGAAUGCGGCAAAUGUUUUACACGAAUGGAUUAUCUGAAAAAUCAUAAAAAGAUUCACACAGGAGAAAAGUCUUUCACGUGUACAGAGUGUGGAAAAUGUUUUACACAAAUAAAUAGUCUGAAAACUCAUGAAAGGAUUCACACAGGAGUAAAGCCUUUCACGUGUACAGAGUGUGGAAAAUGUUUUACACAAAUAAAUAGUCUGAAAACUCAUGAAAGGAUUCACACAGGAGAAAAGCCAUUCACAUGUAUGUCGUGUGGAAACAGUUUUAGACGAAUGGAUCAUCUGAAAAGUCAUGAAAGGAUUCAUACAGGGGAAAAGCUUUUCACGUGUACCGAGUGUGGAAAACGUUUUACACGAAAGGAUUGUCUGAAAAAGCAUGAAAGGAUUCACACAGGGGAAAAGCUGUUCACAUGUACAGAGUGUGGAAAAAGUUUUACACAAAUGGUUUGUCUGAAAAAGCAUGAAAGGAUUCACACAGGGAUAAAGCUAUUCACAUGUACAGAGUGUGGAAAAAGUUUUUUACAAAAGAGUGAGCUGAAAAAGCAUGAAAGGAUUCACACAGGGGAAAAGCUGUUCACAUGUACAGAGUGUGGAAAAAGUUUUACACAAAUGGUUUGUCUGAAAAAGCAUGAAAGGAUUCACACAGGGAUAAAGCUAUUCACAUGUACAGAGUGUGGAAAAAGUUUUUUACAAAAGAGUGAUCUGAAAAAGCAUAAAAGGAGUCACACAGGAGAAAAGCCUUUCACGUGUAAAGAGUGUGGAAAAUGUUUUACACAAAUAAAUAGUCUGAAAACACAUGAAAGGAUUCACACAGGAGAAAAGCCAUUCACAUGUAUGGAGUGUGGAAUUAGUUUUACACGAAUGGAUCAUCUGAAAAGUCAUGAAAGUAUUCAUACAGGGUAAAAGCCUUUCACAUGUACAGAGUGUGGAAAAAGUUUUACACAAAUGGAAUGUCUGAAAAAGCAUGAAAGGAUUCACACAGGGGAAAAUCUGUUCAUAUGUACAGAGUGUGGAAAAUGUUUUGCACAUAUGAGUAAUUUGAGAAAACAUAAAAGGAUUCACAAGGGAAGAAACCUUUAACAUGUAUAAAAAUGAAAAAAAAGGUUAUAAUUGAAAUCAGGUAUCUCAAAACACCAAAUAUUUACACACAAAUAAACUUUAUAUACACAGUGUACAACCUCUUUACAAUUAUCCUAAAGAGGACAAAAUCUCUAAAUAAAAGCAUCAAAAGAGAUGUUAUUGUAAAUAAUACUUUCUAAAUCCCACUUCUAAAAAACCCAGAUUGGAAGUGCUCUCCUGCUGUCCUUUAUUUCUCUAUAUAUGUGCACCUCAUUUUCUCUCAUAUUAAUGUGAUAGAAUACAAAACCAUAACAGAACUGUUAUAACAUUUUUGACUUCAUAGUGGGUGGUAUAACUGUGUAUACUUUAAAGUCUCUUGGGGUGCCCAAUCAUGUCCAUUAACAGAGUGCCCACAGUGUGUGCAAUGUCAAACCUUCUAUUGCAGUAUAAACUUUACUUGUAACCAAAUUAGUGAUAUUUACAUUAGAUUUAAACUUAGCUUACUCCAGCUGCCCCUCUACGUGAUGCAUCCGGUCCUGGGGGGGGGAAAGGAACUUACUUCACUAUCAUUCCAUACUGCUUUGCAGAUGUCUGGUGUAUUACUGGAUCAAAAGAAUCGAGUGUGUUCCUUUCAGCCUCCCUCUUCAGAUGUCACUGGGGGUAUUGGUACUUCCUCCACUGUGUGGCUUACGGCUGCAUGACUCUCUGCUCACUGCUUCCAUGUUGCGGUCCAUAUUUUGACGUCACUGGGGGUGUGUGGAAUCUUCCUCCACUGUAUAGCUUACUGCUGUAUGACUCUCUCUGCACACUACUUCUGUGAUGCGGUCCAUACUCAGGAUCCCAUUGGGCAACCCCUCGAUAGCUCCUGGCCAGCUCGGUGGAGGAACAAUUCCCUUAUUUUGGUUGCUCUACACUUCAGGGUUGGUCAGAGCAAGGAUCAAUAUAAUAAUGUUGAAGCGGAGCACCAAAUGAUGUUAAUAAAAUCAAUUUAUUUGAUUUAAAUUAAAAGUAAAAAACUUAAUUCACAUAUGUAGUAUUCAUCAAAGAAGUGGGGUCAAAAAACACUGACGCGUUUUGGCUUCCUGCCCUUGUCAAAGCUGAAUUCAAGUUACCUACAGACAUGUGGGAAUGCUGUGACUAAGUCUUCAUAUGAAGUUUAUAGUGACAACGUGUGAGAGCACUGCAGAAUCUGUUGGCGCUCUACAAAUACCUGAUAAUAAUAAUAAUAAUAAUAAUAAUAAUAAUGUGUGUAUUAUAUAUAUAUAUAUAUAUAUUGUUCUGAAACAUACUAUAUUGGAUAAAUGUCUGCUGUUUGGAAUAACGACUGCAUUGGUAUAUAUAAAUAUUAACCCAUUUAUUUUAAGAUAAACACAUUUUCUCUGUUUUCCAGAGAUAUAUUAAACAUUACAAGAGAGAACUAAUGUGAAGAGGAGAUUGUCUAUUUGUAUAACAUUAAAUAUGAAAAUUUGCUGAAUUUAAUAAGUAGCUAUACAGUCAAUUUAAAAUGUCCAGUUUAUUUUCAAAAUUAACAACCUAUUAUUAUUUUCAGGCUUCUGACAAGUGCAUGUGUAGUUGGUUCUGUAAAUUGUGUCAUAUGUUUUUGUUCACUCAGCAAGAGGUGUACUGAAUAUGGAGCAUACUGUAUUUAUAUAAAUAUGGGACAACAAUAAUCAAAUGCAUACUAUAGACUAUACACAAGCAUACUAUAGACUAUACACAAGCAUACUAUAGACUCACUAUACACAAGCAUACUAUAGACUAUACACAAGCAUACUAUAGACUAUACACAAGCAUACUAUAGACUCACUAUACACAAGCAUACUAUAGACUCUAUACACGAGCAUACUAUAAACUAUACACAAGCAUACUAUAGACUAUACACAAGCAUACUAUAGACUAUACACAAGCAUACUAUAGACUAUACACAAGCAUACUAUAGACUCUAUACACGAGCAUAUUAUAGACUAUACACAAGCAUACUAUAGACACACUAUACACAAGCAUACUAUAGACUCACUAUACACAAGCAUACUAUAGACUAUACACAAGCAUACUAUAGACUAUACACAAGCAUACUAUAGACUCACUAUACACAAGAAUACUAUAGACUCUAUACACGAGCAUACUAUAGACUAAACACAAGCAUACUAUAGACUCACUGUACACAAGCAUACUAUAGACUCACUAUACACAAGCAUACUAUAGACACACUAUACACAAGCAUACUAUAGACUCACUAUACACAAGCAUACUAUAGACUAUACACAAGCAUACUAUAGACUCACUAUACACAAGAAUACUAUAGACUCUAUACACGAGCAUACUAUAGACUAAACACAAGCAUACUAUAGACUCACUAUACACAAGCAUACUAUAGACUAUACACAAGCAUACUAUAGACUCGCUAUACACAAGCAUAUUAUAGACUCUAUACACGAGCAUACUAUAGACUAUACACAAGCAUACUAUAGACUCUAUACACAAGCAUACCAUAAACUAUACACGAGCAUACUAUAGACUCUAUACACAAGCAUACUAUAGACUCACUAUACACAAGCAUACUAUAGACUCACUAUACACAAGCAUACUAUAGACUCACUAUACACAAGCAUACUAUAGACUCACUAUACACAAGCAUACUAUAGACUAUACACAAGCAUACUAUAGACUAUACACAAGCGUACUAUAGACUCGCUAUACACAAGCGUACUAUAGACUCGCUAUACACAAGCAUAUUAUAGACUCUAUACACGAGCAUACUAUAGACUAAACACAAGCAUACUAUAGACUCACUAUACACAAGCAUACUAUAGACUAUACACAAGCAUACUAUAGACUCGCUAUACACAAGCAUAUUAUAGACUCUAUACACGAGCAUACUAUAGACUAUACACAAGCAUACUAUAGACUCUAUACACAAGCAUACCAUAAACUAUACACGAGCAUACUAUAGACUCUAUACACAAGCAUACUAUAGACUCACUAUACACAAGCAUACUAUAGACUCGCUAUACACAAGCAUACUAUAGACUCACUAUACACAAGCAUACUAUAGACUCACUAUACACAAGCAUACUAUAGACUAUACACAAGCAUACUAUAGACUAUACACAAGCAUACUAUAGACUAUACACAAGCGUACUAUAGACUCGCUAUACACAAGCGUACUAUAGACUCGCUAUACACAAGCAUAUUAUAGACUCUAUACACAAGCAUACUAUAGACUCAAUAUACACAAGCAUACUAUAGACUCUAUACACGAGCAUACUAUAAACUAUACACAAGCAUACUAUAGACUCUAUACACAAGCAUACUAUAAACUAUACACAAGAAUACUAUAGACUCUAUACACGAGCAUACUAUAGACUAAACACAAGCAUACUAUAGACUCUAUACACGAGCAUACCAUACACAAGCAUACUAUAGACUCUAUACACGAGCAUACUAUAAACUAUACACAAGCAUUCUAUAGACUCUAUACACAAGCAUACUAUAAACUAUACACGAGCAUACUAUAGACUCUAUACACAAGCAUACUAUAGACUAUACACGAGCAUACUAUAGACUCACUAUACACAAGCAUACUAUAGACUCACUAUACACAAGCAUACUAUAGACUAUACACAAACAUACUAUAGACUAUACACAAGCAUACUAUAGACUCACUAUACACAAGCAUACUAUAGACUAUACACAAGCAUACUAUAGACUAUACACAAGCAUACUAUAGACUCACUAUACACAAGAAUACUAUAGACUCUAUACACGAGCAUACUAUAGACUAAACACAAGCAUACUAUAGACUCACUGUACACAAGCAUACUAUAGACUCACUAUACACAAUCAUACUAUAGACACACUAUACACAAGCAUACUAUAGACUCACUAUACACAAGCAUACUAUAGACUAUACACAAGCAUACUAUAGACUCACUAUACACAAGAAUACUAUAGACUCUAUACACGAGCAUACUAUAGACUAAACACAAGCAUACUAUAGACUCACUAUACACAAGCAUACUAUAGACUAUACACAAGCAUACUAUAGACUCGCUAUACACAAGCAUAUUAUAGACUCUAUACACGAGCAUACUAUAGACUAUACACAAGCAUACUAUAGACUCUAUACACAAGCAUACUAUAAACUAUACACGAGCAUACUAUAGACUCUAUACACAAGCAUACUAUAGACUCACUAUACACAAGCAUACUAUAGACUCACUAUACACAAGCAUACUAUAGACUCACUAUACACAAGCAUACUAUAGACUCACUAUACACAAGCAUACUAUAGACUAUACACAAGCAUACUAUAGACUAUACACAAGCGUACUAUAGACUCGCUAUACACAAGCGUACUAUAGACUCGCUAUACACAAGCAUAUUAUAGACUCUAUACACGAGCAUACUAUAGACUAAACACAAGCAUACUAUAGACUCACUAUACACAAGCAUACUAUAGACUCACUAUACACAAGCAUACUAUAGACUAUACACAAGCAUACUAUAGACUAUACACAAGCGUACUAUAGACUCGCUAUACACAAGCGUACUAUAGACUCGCUAUACACAAGCAUAUUAUAGACUCUAUACACGAGCAUACUAUAGACUCAAUAUACACAAGCAUACUAUAGACUAUACACAAGCAUACUAUAGACUAUACACAAGCAUACUAUAGACUAUACACAAGCGUACUAUAGACUCGCUAUACACAAGCGUACUAUAGACUCGCUAUACACAAGCAUAUUACAGACUCUAUACACAAGCAUACUAUAGACUCAAUAUACACAAGCAUACCAUACACAAACAUACUAUAGACUCUAUACACGAGCAUACUAUAAACUAUACACAAGCAUUCUAUAGACUCUAUACACAAGCAUACUAUAAACUAUACACGAGCAUACUAUAGACUCUAUACACGAGCAUACUAUAGACUAAACACAAGCAUACUAUAGACUCACUAUACACAAGCAUACUAUAGACUAUACACAAGCAUACUAUAGACUCUCUAUACACGAGCAUACUAUAGACUAUACACAAGCAUACUAUAGACUCUAUACACAAGCAUACUAUAAACUAUACACGAGCAUACUAUAGACUCUAUACACAAGCAUACUAUAGACUCACUAUACACAAGCAUACUAUAGACUCACUAUACACAAGCAUACUAUAGACUCACUAUACACAAGCAUACUAUAGACUAUACACAAGCAUACUAUAGACUAUACACAAGCGUACUAUAGACUCGCUAUACACAAGCGUACUAUAGACUCGCUAUACACAAGCAUAUUAUAGACUCUAUACACGAGCAUACUAUAGACUCAAUAUACACAAGCAUACUAUAGACUAUACACAAGCAUACUAUAGACUAUACACAAGCAUACUAUAGACUAUACACAAGCGUACUAUAGACUCGCUAUACACAAGCGUACUAUAGACUCGCUAUACACAAGCAUAUUAUAGACUCUAUACACAAGCAUACUAUAGACUCAAUAUACACAAGCAUACUAUAGACUCUAUACACGAGCAUACUAUAAACUAUACACAAGCAUACUAUAGACUCUAUACACAAGCAUACUAUAAACUAUACACAAGAAUACUAUAGACUCUAUACACGAGCAUACUAUAGACUAAACACAAGCAUACUAUAGACUCUAUACACGAGCAUACCAUACACAAGCAUACUAUAGACUCUAUACACGAGCAUACUAUAAACUAUACACAAGCAUUCUAUAGACUCUAUACACAAGCAUACUAUAAACUAUACACGAGCAUACUAUAGACUCUAUACACAAGCAUACUAUAGACUAUACACGAGCAUACUAUAGACUCACUAUACACAAGCAUACUAUAGACUCACUAUACACAAGCAUACUAUAGACUAUACACAAACAUACUAUAGACUAUACACAAGCAUAUUAUAGACUCUAUACACCAUCAUACUAUAGACUCAAUAUACACAAGCAUACUAUAGACUAUACACAAGCAUACUAUAGACUCACUAUACACAAGCAUACUAUAGACUCUAUACACAAGCAUACUAUAGACUCACUGUACACAAGCAUACUAUAGACUCACUGUACACAAGCAUACUAUAGACUAUACACAAGCAUACUAUAGACUCACUGUACACAAGCAUACUAUAGACUCACUGUACACAAGCAUACUAUAGACUCACUAUACACAAGAAUACUAUAGACUCUAUACACGAGCAUACUAUAGACUAAACACAAGCAUACUAUAGACUCACUGUACACAAGCAUACUAUAGACUCUAUACACGAGCAUACCAUACACAAGCAUACUAUAGACUCUAUACACGAGCAUACUAUAAACUAUACACAAGCAUACUAUAGACUCUAUACACAAGCAUACUAUAAACUAUACACAACCAUACUAGAAACUAUACACAAGCAUACUAUAGACUCUAUACACAAGCAUACUAUAGACUAUACACAAGCAUACUAUAGACUAUACACAAGCAUACUAUAGACUAUACACAAGCAUACUAUAGACUAUACACGAGCAUAUUAUAGACUAUACACAAGCAUACUAUAGACACACUAUACACAAGCAUACUAUAGACUCACUAUACACAAGCAUACUAUAGACUAUACACAAGCAUACUAUAGACUCACUAUACACAAGAAUACUAUAGACUCUAUACACGAGCAUACUAUAGACUAAACACAAGCAUACUAUAGACUCACUGUACACAAGCAUACUAUAGACUCACUAUACACAAGCAUACUAUAGACACACUAUACACAAGCAUACUAUAGACUCACUAUACACAAGCAUACUAUAGACUAUACACAAGUAUACUAUAGACUCACUAUACACAAGAAUACUAUAGACUCUAUACACGAGCAUACUAUAGACUAAACACAAGCAUACUAUAGACUCACUAUACACAAGCAUACUAUAGACUAUACACAAGCAUACUAUAGACUCGCUAUACACAAGCAUAUUAUAGACUCUAUACACGAGCAUACUAUAGACUAUACACAAGCAUACUAUAGACUCUAUACACAAGCAUACUAUAAACUAUACACGAGCAUACUAUAGACUCUAUACACAAGCAUACUAUAGACUCACUAUACACAAGCAUACUAUAGACUCACUAUACACAAGCAUACUAUAGACUCACUAUACACAAGCAUACUAUAGACUCACUAUACACAAGCAUACUAUAGACUAUACACAAGCAUACUAUAGACUAUACACAAGCGUACUAUAGACUCGCUAUACACAAGCGUACUAUAGACUCGCUAUACACAAGCAUAUUAUAGACUCUAUACACGAGCAUACUAUAGACUAAACACAAGCAUACUAUAGACUCACUAUACACAAGCAUACUAUAGACUAUACACAAGCAUACUAUAGACUCAAUAUACACAAGCAUACUAUAGACUAUACACAAGCAUACUAUAGACUAUACACAAGCAUACUAUAGACUAUACACAAGCGUACUAUAGACUCGCUAUACACAAGCGUACUAUAGACUCGCUAUACACAAGCAUAUUAUAGACUCUAUACACAAGCAUACUAUAGACUCAAUAUACACAAGCAUACUAUAGACUCUAUACACGAGCAUACUAUAAACUAUACACAAGCAUACUAUAGACUCUAUACACAAGCAUACUAUAAACUAUACACAAGAAUACUAUAGACUCUAUACACGAGCAUACUAUAGACUAAACACAAGCAUACUAUAGACUCUAUACACGAGCAUACCAUACACAAGCAUACUAUAGACUCUAUACACGAGCAUACUAUAAACUAUACACAAGCAUUCUAUAGACUCUAUACACAAGCAUACUAUAAACUAUACACGAGCAUACUAUAGACUCUAUACACAAGCAUACUAUAGACUAUACACGAGCAUACUAUAGACUCACUAUACACAAGCAUACUAUAGACUCACUAUACACAAGCAUACUAUAGACUAUACACAAACAUACUAUAGACUAUACACAAGCAUAUUAUAGACUCUAUACACCAUCAUACUAUAGACUAUACACAAGCAUACUAUAGACUCAAUAUACACAAGCAUACUAUAGACUAUACACAAGCAUACUAUAGACUCACUAUACACAAGCAUACUAUAGACUCUAUACACAAGCAUACUAUAGACUCACUGUACACAAGCAUACUAUAGACUCACUGUACACAAGCAUACUAUAGACUCACUGUACACAAGCAUACUAUAGACUAUACACAAGCAUACUAUAGACUCACUGUACACAAGCAUACUAUAGACUCACUGUACACAAGCAUACUAUAGACUCACUAUACACAAGAAUACUAUAGACUCUAUACACGAGCAUACUAUAGACUAAACACAAGCAUACUAUAGACUCACUGUACACAAGCAUACUAUAGACUCUAUACACGAGCAUACCAUACACAAGCAUACUAUAGACUCUAUACACGAGCAUACUAUAAACUAUACACAAGCAUACUAUAGACUCUAUACACAAGCAUACUAUAAACUAUACACAACCAUACUAGAAACUAUACACAAGCAUACUAUAGACUCUAUACACAAGCAUACUAUAGACUGUACACAAGCAUACUAUAGACUCUAUACACAAGCAUACUGUAGACUAUACACAAGCAUACUAUAGAUUCUAUACACAAGCAUACUAUAGACUCUAUACACAAGCAUACUAUAGACUAUACACAGGCAUACUAUAGACUGUACACAAGCAUACUAUAGACUGUACACAAGCAUACUAUAGACUAUACACAAGCAUACUAUAGACUCUAUACACAAGCAUACUAUAGACUAUACACAAUCAUACUAUAGACUCACUGUACACAAGCAUACUAUAGACUCUAUACACAAGCAUACUAUAGACUAUACACAAGCAUACUAUAGACUAUACACAAGCAUACUAUAGACUAUACACAAGCAUACUGUAGACUCUAUACACAAGCAUACUUUAGACUGUACACAAGCAUACUAUAGACUAUACACAAGCAUACUAUAAACUAUACACAAGCAUACUAUAGACUCUAUACACAAGCAUACUAUAGACUCUAUACACGAGCAUACCAUACACAAGCAUACUAUAGACUCACUAUACACAAGCAUACUAUAGACUAUACACAAGCAUACUAUAGACUAUACACAAGCAUAUUAUAGACUCUAUACACCAGCAUACUAUAGACUAUACACAAGCAUACUAUAGACUCACUAUACACAAGCAUACUAUAGACUCUAUACACGAGCAUACUAUAGACUAUACACAAGCAUACUAUAGACUAUACACAAGCAUACUAUAGACUCACUGUACACGAGCAUACUAUAGACUCACUGUACACAAGCAUACUAUAGACUAUACACAAGCAUACUAUAGACUCACUGUACACAAGCAUACUAAAGACUCACUGUACACAAGCAUACUAUAGACUAUACACAAGCAUACUAUAGACUCACUAUACACAAGAAUACUAUAGACUCUAUACACGAGCAUACUAUAGACUAAACACAAGCAUACUAUAGACUCACUGUACACAAGCAUACUAUAGACUCUAUACACGAGCGUACCAUACACAAGCAUACUAUAGACUCUAUACACGAGCAUACUAUAAACUAUACACGAGCAUACUAUAAACUAUACACAAGCAUACUAUAGACUCUAUACACAAGCAUACUAUAGACUCUAUACACAAGCAUACUAUAAACUAUACACAAGCAUACUAUAGACUAUACACAAGCAUACUAUAGACUCUAUACACAAGCAUACUAUAGACUAUACACAAUCAUACUAUAGACUCACUGUACACAAGCAUACUAUAGACUGUACACAAGCAUACUAUAGACUGUACACAAGCAUACUAUAGACUAUACACAAGCAUACUAUAGACUCACUGUACACAAGCAUACUAUAGACUCACUGUACACAAGCAUACUAUGGACUCUAUACACAAGCAUACUAUAGACUGUACACAAGCAUACUAUAGACUCUAUAACCAAGGAUACUAUAGACUCUAUACACAAGCAUACUAUAAACUAUACACAAGCAUACUAUAGACUAUACACAAGCAUACUAUAAACUAUACACAAGCAUACUAUAGACUCUAUACACAAGCAUACUAUAGACUAUACACAAUCAUACUAUAGACUCACUGUACACAAGCAUACUAUAGACUGUACACAAGCAUACUAUAGACUGUACACAAGCAUACUAUAGACUAUACACAAGCAUACUAUAGACUAUACACAAGCAUACUAUAGACUAUACACAAGCAUACUAUAGACUCACUGUACACAAGCAUACUAUAGACUAUAACUAAGGAUACUAUAGACUCUAUACACAAGCAUACUAUAAACUAUACACAAGCAUACUAUACACUCUAUACACAAGCAUACUAUAAACUAUACACAAGCAUACUAUAGACUAUACACAAACAUACUAUAAACUAUACACAAGCAUACUAUAGACUAUACACAAGCAUACUAUAAUUUAUACACAAGCAUACUAUAGACUAUACACAAGCAUACUAUAGACUAUACACAAGCAUACUAUAGACUAUACACAAGCAUACUAUAAACUAUACACAAGCAUACUAUAGACUAUACACAAGCAUACUAUAGACUAUACACAAGCAUACUAUAAACUAUACACAAGCAUACUAUAAACUAUACACAAGCAUACUAUAAACUAUACACAAGCAUACUAUAAACUAUACACAAGCAUUCUAUAAACUAUACACAAGCAUACUAUAGACUCACUAUACACAAGCAUUCCAUAGACUAUACACAAGCAUACUAUAGACUAUACACAAGCAUACUAUAAACUAUACACAAGCAUACUAUAAACUAUACACAAGCAUACUAUAAACUAUACACAAGCAUACUAUAGACUCACUAUACACAAGCAUUCUAUAAACAAGCAUACUAUAGACUCACUAUACACAAGCAUUCCAUAAACUAUACACAAGCAUACUAUAGACUCACUAUACACAAGCAUACUAUAGACUCACUAUACACAAGCAUACUAUAGACUCACUAUACACAAGCAUACUAUAAACUAUACACAAGCAUACUAUAAACUAUACACAAGCAUACUAUAAACUAUACACAAGCAUACUAUAAACUAUACACAAGCAUACUAUAAACUAUACACAAGCAUACUAUAGACUAUACACAAGCAUACUAUAAACUAUACACAAGCAUACUAUAGACUCUAUACACAAGCAUACUAUUAAAUAUACACAAGCAUACUAUAGACUCUAUACACAAGCAUACUAUAGACUCUAUACACAAGCAUACUAUAAACUAUACACAAGCAUACUAUAAACUAUACACAAGCAUACUAUAGACUAUACACAAGCAUACUAUAGACUCACUAUACACAAGGAUACAAUAGACUCACUAUACACAAGCAUACUAUAGACUCACUAUACACAAGCAUACUAUAGACUCUAUACACAAGCAUACUUUAGACUGUACACAAGCAUACUAUAGAAUAUACACAAGCAUACUAUAGACUCUCUAUACACAAGCAUACUAUAGACUCUAUACACAAGCAUACUAUAGACUAUAUACAAGCAUACUAUAAACUAUACACAAGCAUACUAUAAACUAUACACAAGCAUACUAUAGACUCACUAUACACAAGCAAACUUAGCUAUCAAUAAAUAAUAAAUAAAUGGACAAACCAAUCACAUGUUUAUAUGUAGAGAAAUGUAAAAAUAAAGUUACAGUAUUGUUU